CAUUUACCAUGUAAUACCAGACACAAUAUCAUCACUUCAAUACCAGGCACUGUAAUGAAGAAGGGUCUCGACCCUAAACGUCACCCAUUCCUUCUCUCCAGAGAUGCUGCCUCACCCGCUGAGUUUCUCCAGCAUUUUUGUCUACCUUCGAUUUUUCCAGCAUUUGCAGUUCUUUCUCAAACAAUCAUACUGUAUUGUUGAAUGUACCUCGGAUCAGUGAAAUGCCUUGUUUUUGCCAGUAACCCGGUAAAAUACAGACCUGACCUGGGCGGUACAGUGGGCGCCGACUAGGUUGCGAGAAGUUCAUGGAACAGUCUAUAUUUCCCCGCAGCGGUGAACCAGGCCCCGCCGCACCAGGCAGCAGGCGCCCCCGCGUCGGGUCCCCCUUCGUUCUCGGCUGCCCCCCGCCGGGUUGCUCUCGGCUUGGAAUGAUUCAGGGCUAUUUUCCCAGCGUGGAAAAGUCAAUGACGGGACGCCAUAGAUUUUAACACAGUAGGGGGUCUUUCAAGGAGAUGUGCGGGGCAUGUUUUAUCACACAGGGGUGGUGGGUGCCUGGAACGCGCUGCUGGAGUGGUGGUCGAGGCACAUACGGUGGAGGCAUUACAGUCUGAUGUGGGCUGAAGGAACUGUUCUUGUGCUAUGUGGCCGUCAACAAAACCGACAGGUUCAUUAGAGCUUUCAAGAAGGAACUGCAGAUGGUGGAAUAUCGAAGGUACACAAAAAUGCUGGAGAAAGUCAGCGGGUGCAGCAGCAUCUAUGGAGCGAAGGAAAUAGGCGACGUUUCGGGCCGAAACCCUUCUUCAGACUGAUUAUUAGAGCUCCCAUUCUCAGCUCCUUACCCACAACCAUUAGAUUCUUGAACCGACCUGCACUGCCUGCGUUUGGCCCCCAUACCUCUAACCUGUCCUAUCCAAGUACCUGUCUAAAUGCUUCUGAAACGUUACGAUAGUGCCCGCCUCAUCUACCUCCUCCAGCAGCUCAUUCCAUACAUCCAUCACCCAUUGUGUGAAUUAAGUUACCCAUCAGGUUCCUAUUAGACCUUUCCACCCUCAACUUAAACCGAUGUCCUCUGGUACUUGAUUCCCCUCCUCUGGGCAAGGGGCUCUGUGCGUCUACCCGAUCUGUUUACAAGAUCAUCCCUCAUCAUGGAACAGCAGCCAACACAAUCAAAUACUUGUUCUACCCCGGUCAUUCCUUCUUCUCACUGUUCUUGUCCGGCACAAGGUACAGAAUGUUGAAAGCGCCUACUACCAGUCUCAGGAACAGCCUCCUCCCCUCUGUUAUCAGGCUUCUGAAUGGUCCUUCCAUCAGCUAUACAUUGUGUGUUGAAGGGCCUGUUCCUGUGCUGUAUUGAUGACGACUUGUUUUCUCUGUUGAGCGGCAGUGCAAGGUUGAUUUUCUGACCAGAGUGAAGCUUACUUUACUUUAGAGAUACAGCAUGGAAGUAGGCCCUUGGGCCCACCGAGUCCACAUCGACCAUCGAUCACUUGGUCUCUGUUAUCCCACCUUCCCGUUCACUCCCAACAUAUUGGGGCAAUUUACAGAGGGCCAAUUACCCUACAAACCCGCAUGUCUAUUGGAUGUGGGAGAAAACCGGAGCACCCGGAGGAAACCCACGCGGUCACAGGGAGAAUGUGCACGUUCCGAACAGUGAACAUGGUCAGGAUCGAACCCGGGUCUCAGGCCCCGGGGACCCAAUGGAUGGAGCAGCAACAGAAACAGAAGAUUUCUGGAGUUCUGGAACAGUCACACAACCUUCAGUCCAAGAUCACAUCCCAGUAUGCUGAACUGCACCAGAUUCUCACUGAGAAAGAGCAGCGCACACUGGCAGAUAUCCGGGAGGAAGAGAGGAAGAUUCUAAAUACAAUGGAGACAAAUCUUGGAAACAUUCAAGAGAAUUUAGAAUCCAUUCAGGAGGAACUCUUAAAGUUGCAGCAACAGAUGGAUCAAAAUAACAGUGUGGUGUUUCUGAAGGAGGAAGCUGGUCGCAAGCGAAGGGUUAGUGAUGAAGCCAAACCACUGUCGGUGGUAGAUGAAGCCUUGCCGAUUGAAAAGUUCCAUUGCCCUGUUUUGUUCAACACGGCAUUCAAAGAAACAUCUGAUGACUUCAAGCGAGGUAAAGCUUGUACCUUCACCAUUAUUCUUGUUUCUGAUAUUUUUAAGCAAUUCCUAGAUGAAAACAUUAAUGGUCUUUUGGACUGAAGGGAAAUUGGAUCCACCUCUAAACCCAUCAGCUGGGAAGCAUCAUAGAGUCAGAUGUUCAUACUCGCCUGCGUUGGGUGAAAUACUGUGGCUAUUCACCCUAUCUGUGGACCUUAUAUAGAUCUUAUACACAUCUAUAAAGACACCCGGACGGGCUCCAAAGACAAAUGGCCCUGCCUGUCCAACAUCUCCUUAUAACCCAGCCCUUCAGACCUGAUGAGAUUAUCGUAAAUACUUUUACACCCUCUCUAAUUUACUAACAACCAUAUUGUGUCAAAUUUAAUAUCCUGACCUAUGAAAGCAUGAGUGACAAACACAAUCUUCACCACACCUGCCUGUCACUGUUGCAUCUUCCAUGGCACUGUGUACCUGCAGCCCGCGAUCUCUCAGUUCUAUAAAGUUCCCCGUUUACUGUGUAUGUCCUGCCCUGGUUUGUCUCAGCAAAGUGCAUCACCUCACCUUCACAUGAAUAAAUCCCACCUGCCGUUCCUGAGCCCAUUGGCCCAGUUCACAGGGAUCCCAUUUACUCUCAGAUAACCUUCUUCACUCUCCACAAUGUCACCAAUUUUAGUUCCAUCUGCAAACUGACUAACCGUGCAACCUACAUACACAUCCAAUUGUGUAUAUAAAUAAGGAACAACAGAGGACUCUGUGAAAAACAACCCUCUACCAACAUCCUCUGUCUGUGACCUUCAGGUAAAUGUUGUAUUCCAUCGGCUAGUUCACCCCGGAUUCCAUGAGAUCCAACCUUCCAGAGCGGCCUCUCAUGCGGUGUGUAGAAGUUGCAUCUCCCAGAGGGCAGUGAAUAUCUGGGAUGUUGUGCCCAAGGUGGUGGUGAAACGCUGAGUUAUUGGAUAUCUGCAACUUGGCCACAAAUAAAUAUUUGAUAGAUUGAAUAUUGAAGAUUAUGGGGAACUCACACAGAAGAGGAAUUGGUGCCAGUUUAGAUCCGCCAUGAUCACGUUGAAUGGAGGGGCAAGCCUGAGGAGCGGAUUCUAAUCCUGCUCCUGUUUUCUUGUGUUCCUAUGCUCCUGUGUACCGAUAAAUAGACAGACUUGACACAGAGGAAUGCAGCAAUGAUUAACAAUACUUGUGUUUAAGAGGGAACUAAUUCCCUCUCUCUCU